AUGAUUGCCUCUCCGAGUGUCCUGGGCUAUGCGCCUCUCGGACUCGCUCUUGGUCUCUCCUUCUGCUACGGUGGACUCCUUGAUGCUGUCCUGCUGUCCGGUUCACUCAUUGUCCAAAAUCGACAUGCUCUGUCUUCUUUGUUGGACGUGCAAGGUGCAUUGAAGUAUGCUGCCUACUCGGCGGCGCUGUUCGUCGGAUUCCAAUUGGUUCGACUGGGCUUCACGACCUUGGACACACACAGAUGGACUGGGCUCGGGAAAGUGGCAUUAUUCCCUUGCAAGACCACUCAUGCAAGGCUGUUUCCCAAGAAACAUGCAUUCACUUAUUCGUACCUUGUGGUUGGGAUUCCCGUGGGAUGGGACGGUGCCGCGGGCGGCAUGGUCUCUUCCGGGGUAGAGGAGGACGCAUCGACCUUCUCCAGAUGGUUCUCCUUCAAACGAAGGACGCGCAAAGCGUGGUUUAACAUCGAUGCUGCAGACUACCUGGAACGGGGUAAUCGUGAGCUCGGCCUUCGGGGCAAGCUGGAUGCGUUCUUGAGGUCACAAGACGUGGAUCCUUCCAAAUACCCUCACGCAUACCUUGUGACGGCGGCGAGGUUUCUGGGCUAUCAUUUCAACCCGGUGUCUUUUUGGUAUCUGUACGGCGCCGAUAAGAAGCUGGCAGCUAUGAUCCUCGAGGUAAACAACACCUUCGACGAGCGUCGAAUGUAUCUACUUGUGCCAGAUCAGCAGAACCAGCUCGAAGGGGUCCCAGGAGCCGAAGCGGAAGCCGAGUCUACCAAGGGACCUAUGGUCUUUACGCAGACUUGGCCCAAGGAUUUCCAUGUGUCACCAUUCAACUCCCGAAAGGGCUCAUAUUCCCUGUCAGCACACGACAUACUGACUACUGGAGACCAAAAUCUGGGCUUGAUUGACAACACAAUCGUUCUCAGGUCAUCCAAGGUCCAUGGCAAGGUUGUGGCUCGCCUCCUGUCGACGGGACCCCCUCUCGACCCGACUACCAUGACUUCCUGGCAAAAGCUCUAUUUCCUCGCAUCCUGGUGGUGGGUAGGUUUUGUUACCUUUCCCAGGAUCGUCAAGGAGGCCGGGCUUCUCUUCUUCAAACGCAAAUUGCAUGUGUGGUUCAGACCCGAGCCCCUGAAAGAAAGCAUGGGGCGAAAUGCAGAUGCCCUGGAAAGGCGCCUGGAAUUGGCCUUCAGGAAGUAUCUGCGAUAUCUCGUCGAACAGUCUUCGGCACCUCUGGCUGUCAAGUACAUCCCGAGUGGUGUGCCCGAGAACAACAAAGAGCUGAUACUCUCCCCCACGGCCAGGCAAGGCUCCGGCCCGAUCGAGGAGCUCGAGUUCAAAGUCCUGACACCAGUCUUCUACGCUCGAUUCGUGCAAUAUGCGCACGACCUGGAGGCGAUGUUUUGCGAGUUACGAGAGAGCCGCACGGUCUGGAUAUCGCGCCCGGACCUCCUCCCCAAGUUCAUCUUCAAGAAGCAGUCUCCGGCGGUGCAGCUGUCCAACCCGAUAGACUUUGUCUCCUUCAAGGCCAUCCAGUACCUCCGGCGCCGGCCCGAGCGGAUAGAAAGGCCCAUGACCUGGCCAUCAUCGUCAGCCGGCGAGUCAAAGGCUGCUAGCACGCACUCUGUCAUCGACAUCCGCGACUUCCGCAUCUCGUCGAUGGAUGGGUACGUGCUCGAACACGAGACCGCCGGGAACAAGGCAUCAUAUCGUGGAGCGGUGCUCAAGCUUCUCUUGGCCGAACGAAUAGCCUUUGGUCUGGCUCCUCUGUUCGUCGCCCAGCUAUUCGUAUUACGCGCAGGAUUCGCAUGGGUGGUGGCAUUGGCGCUGUGUAACCUAGCUAAUCUGCCAUCGUUUCUGGCUUGA